UCGAUUUUGCUCAUGCCGAUGCCCGAUUAUGUUUCCAUUGCUGGAAGUUGUAGUUGUCAAAGAAUGUCCUCGAAUGGAACUUUUUUCAUUAGGAGUUACCAACACAACAAAUCUUCAAAACGUACAAACUGAGGAAGGAAAUCAUUGGGAGGGUGACCUCAAUGGAACCAUAAAGAAGAUGUUUGAUGAGAAGGUUGCAUUUGGUGAAUUCAAGUACUUAGCCUUAUCUGACUAUCCUGAGCUAAAGGAUUUGUGGUAUGGUCAACUUCAUCAUAGCGUGUUCUGCAAUUUGAAACAUCUUGUGGUAGAAAGAUGUGAUUUUUUAUCACAUGUACUUUUUCCAUCAAAUGUUCUUCAAGUGCUACUUGGAUUGGAAGAACUAGAAGUAAAAGAUUGUGAUUCAUUAGAAGCAGUGUUUGAUGUGAAAGGUAUGAAGUCACAAGAAAUAUUGAUUAAACAGAAAACUCAGCUGAAAAGAUUGACUUUGUCUAGCUUACCUAAAUUGAAGCACAUAUGGAAUGAGGAUCCUCAUGAAAUUAUCAGCUUUGGAAACUUAUGCAAGGUGGAUGCUUCUAUGUGCCAAAGCUUGUUAUAUAUCUUUCCAUAUUCACUAUGCCUAGAACUUGGACAUCUUGAAAUGCUUGAGAUAAAUUCUUGCGGAGUGAAGGAAAUUGUUGCAAUGGAAGAAACUAGGUCAAUGGAAAUUAAUUUUAAUUUUCCCAAGUUAAAAAUUAUGGUACUAUGUCUUUUGACAAAUCUUAAGAGUUUCUAUCAAGGAAAGCAUACUUUAGAUUGCCCUUCAUUGAAGACUUUGAAUGUAUAUCGUUGUGAAGCAUUAAGAAUGUUUUCUUUCAACAAUUUAGACUUGCAACAAGCCCUGUUUUGUAUUGAAAAGUUGAGCCCCAACCUAGAUGAAUUGGCAGUAAAUGGCACAGAUAUGUUGGGAAUAUUGAAUGGUUAUUGUCAAGAAGACAUCUUUCAUAAAGUUGAACGUCUUCGUUUGCAAUGCUUCGAUGAAACUCCAACUAUUCUCCUAAAUGAUUUCCAUACAAUAUUUCCUAAUCUUGAAACAUUUCAUGUUUGUAAUGGUUCCUUUGAAAUAUUGUUCCCCACUAAAGGAACCACUUAUCAUCUCACUACGCAAAUUUCAAUGCAAAUAAGAAAUUUGUGGAUUUUUGAAUUGGAAAAGCUCGAGCACAUAUGGCAGGAAAACUUUCCACCGGAUCAUCCUCUGCUUCAACAUCUUGAAGACUUUUAUGUAUCGAAUUGUCCAAGUUUAAUAAGCUUGGUACCAUCAUCAACAUCUUUCACAAAUUUAACCAAGUUGGAAGUGGAAAAUUGCAAAGAACUGACCUAUUUGAUAACAUCUUCAACAGCAAAAAGCUUAGUUCAACUCCAAACAUUAAAAAUAAAGAAUUGUGAGAAGAUGUUGGAUGUCGUGAAGAUUGACAAUGAAAAAGAAAAGGAAAACAUUGUAUUUGAAAACUUGGAAAACUUGGAAUUUACUUUGUUGCCAAGUUUGAGAAGCUUCUGCUAUGGGAAACAAGCAUUCAUAUUCCCAUUUUUGCUCAGUUUCAUUGUUAUAGGAUGUCCUCAAAUGAAGAUCUUCUCAUUUGCACUCACAGUAGCACCGUACCUCACAACAAUCAAUGUGGGAGAAGAAAAUAUGCUAUGGAAAGGUGAUCUUAACACAACUAUUGAACAAAUGUUCAUAGAAAAGGCGCAAGAAACAUGUGAGAAGUAGUGUCAAGAAGCUAUUUAUAUUGAUGUUUGGAAGACUUUCUUUUAUUUUCUAUUUAUGUUGUUAUUUGAUUGGCUUGCAUGUCAAGUACCUUGUAUUGUAAUUUUACUCGAGGGAUUCUUUUACUAUAUUAUCUAUUUGUUUAAUGGAUCACUCUUUUUAUUUCAAAAAAUUAAAUAUCUAUAUUUGGACUAAUGGUAUGCAUGUUAUGCCUGUGUGCUAGUGU